GGGCUCGGUGCACCAAUCUGGGAUGCCUGAAAGUGUGCGCUCCGAAUACAAUACAUCUCCCCGCCUCUCUGCACGAACGAUCAGAGGUUAAGAUACGAACGAUCACAACUACUUUGACCGGACUACCAGGGGGCUGUCCCUAGCGCUUCGGCAAGCCAUCCGAUAGCAGGAUCCACGUUCUGCGGACUAGUUCGUGUCGUUUGCGUGCAGCAACAUCCGAUGCGCAUCCGAUGAUCGCCUCUAGCUUCCUGCACUUGUCAACACGACCGUCUUCAUAACUUGAGGAGGGGCAACCAUGGCUCUCAUCUCAGCCAAGACGAUCAUUACCUCGCUGUCUCUCUUUCACAUCACGCUGGGCUUCUUCUUCCUCACCAACCCGGUCACUGUGGCCGAUCAACCGGUGGUAUAUCUCCUGGGUGAAUCCAUGGGCCUGCCUCACUCCCGCUCAUUUGAAACGCAAUCACCGGCUCUUGCCUUUCUGGCCGUUAUCCUCGGCAUCAUGGGAAUCAGCGACCUCGUAACCCUGUCUUUGCCCGACGAGAUCAGCCUGGUCCACCACUGGGGCACACAAGCCCCCCUCCGGUUGACCCUCUCCUUCCUCCUAACGUUCUACUCCUUCUUUUUCAGCGCCUCCUCGCCAUUCUUCUACACCGAACUCCCCUUAUCCUCGUCAGGUACCAGUCCGGCCAGCGGCUCAUCCGCGUCCUCACGGUUUACCCACCCUUCGGUACACCACGCGCUGCACAACCCGAGCUACACUCCCUCCGGCCUCGGCGGGGAUGCGCUCAAGAACAGGCUCUUUUUCACCUUCAUGUUUGUCGAGACCAUCAGCUGGUUCUGGGCCUGGGUCACGCUGCAGGAGGAGAGGCGGGAGCUGCUAGCGAAAAAAGCAAGGAGGCGGUCGUCAAGCGGGAUUCACAACCACCACUGA